AAAUCUUCCAUCUUUGUCUCUUGCUUGAUUUUUGACGUUCAUCUUAUAACCUUACUUUUGAAAGCCCAAAAUGUCUUGUGUGAACCUGUUUAUUAAAAGGGGGAUUUCCACAUCCUGUGCCAGAUUCGGCAAGCGUAACUUUAGGAAAUUCCCAAUAUACAACAAACGCGGUUCUAAAAUAUUUAAAGAAAUGAGGAAAGACCCUAAUUAUGACCUGCCGCAUGACAAACGUGGCCUGAGGGAUGUUGGUUAUUAUGCCGACGAUGGAACUUUUGUCCUAGUGCCAGAAAAAAUUCCCGAACUUAUUGUGCCAGAUUUGAAAGACUUUCCACUCAAGCCUUAUGUCUCGUACAGAACCCCCGACGUCAUGCAGUCGGAAUUUACAGCUGAGGACUUGUUCAACGUGGUGUAUGCACCAAAAAUAGCGAAAGAUUUUAAAGAGGGUAAACUGAACGAAGAUGGGACGCCUUUGGAGCCAUCACCUGAGGAAAGAAUGACACCGGAGGAGGCUAGAAUUAAAGCAGAACAAACUGGAAGUGAUAUAUUUUAGAAUAAUCGUAGAUAUUUGUAGAUAAUAAAACAUUAAACGAUUAAAAUUGAA